GACUAUUUUUGGACUUUUUUCGAAUUCCCUUCCUGUAGAGGGACAGGCCCGACUGAAGCUCAGGGGAGAAGCCGCCAAAGGGCGCCGCUUCCUCCCUGCGCUCUGGCCGGCGCUCCUCGCAGGCAGCCCGCGCCUGCCACGGCGGGCCUGCGCCCGAGGAUGGGAUAGGGAGAGACAAGAGGAGCAUCACCUCCACUGCGUGUGGUCGGCAGCAUCCGUCUCCCCAGCCCUCCCAUCGCGGUGGCUCGCUCGGCUGCACGGGGACCGGCCACCUUCGCCACCCGAGGGAUGAGCUCAGGCGCAGCGACAGUAGAUGUGGAAGAUCACUAUGCGGAGGAGUGAUCCGAUUGCGUUUGGGUGACUCUUCUCAUGUGAGAGAUUCUGCUCCAUGGUGGCAUUGUGAGGGUAUCGGUCAGGCUCUUCGGCGAUGGACUGCGCGUAUGUUGCCCCAAGAAAUUGCGCAGGGAUUUCGGCGUCAUGCCUCGAGUUGUUCAAUUCCCGACUUCCCCACGGUGUCUCCAGAACGGGCAUGCUAGGACGUAGCCGACUCGGCUCAAACGUUUCGGACCUCGGUCCAGGUUUCGCUCAUUCGGGACGAGUGCCACCACCGUCGACGUCCUGGUUUCUCCCUGCAUCGGGCAUCGAUCCCCCGUGCUGUGCACGACUCUUGCCAAGGGCUUUCUCACGCGUGCUUAGGUCAUAAGAAAAGAAGUGGAGCUCUGGAAGUGGUGGCGUUACUUUCAGGACAGGAAGUAUGGGUGAAGAUGACUGGUUUGAUGACGCCUUCUUCAGUGGUGGAUCGCAAGAGUCUGUUAUCAUGGUGUGUUUCAGGGAGUACCACUUGAAAAUUCUGAAGACUCCGAGUGUGGUAGAGCGGCGGCAGAAAGUGUGCGAGGUUUUGAAGAGCGACUUUAUUGAGAAUCCCGACGUUGGCGACGAGAAUCUGAAACGAUGCAGCUCCGGUGCGCACGCGAUUUGCGUUUGGGUGAAGGCAGUCUACCAGGUAUUGAAGGCGAUGGAUGUUGAGAUGGCGGAGCUGUACGGGGGGAAGGCCGAUGGAGAUUCUGCCGCAGAUGGAGAAACGAACGUUGGUUACACUACUCUCGAGGAGUGGUGCCACCGCAAUGGGCUGAGUAGCACACCGCUCGGAGCUCGAAUUGAUAGCGAAGUUGAGGCAUCGGAUGGCGUCCUUACACCGCUGGGCUCCUCCGAGCAGAAGGCAACUGCCAUUGCUGCAUACAUGGAGGCCUGCGAGGUACUGGGAAAUACCAAGAAGCGGGAUUUCGAUGAGAUGAAGAGCAUGGCGCGGUUUCCGGCGCCGAUCGCUCGGACACGGGCCGCGCUGGCGGUGCUUGUGAAUGCAGCGGGCCAGCGGGCCUGAAGUGCUUGUGCUUCGGGAUCGGAGGAUUUCCGUCUGCGGCCACGCUGGUUCGGUAGCAAAUCAUGGUUGCCACCGAACGCUGGUGCAUAGGCCCCAGUGGGGCUUGCCAGCGGUCCUCUCCUCCCCUCCCCAGCCGCGUCCGCAUGCGGGUCGCGCCGCCAGCUCUCUCAGAACGCCGUGCGCCGGGACACGGCGUACACUGGCUGGAAGGAAGCUGGUGCUCACGAGGUUUCGAUCGUCUCGAUACUCAGAUCGCGGCAGCGCCCACCCCGUGUGGCGUCUCGUCGUCGCUGGGAGAAUCCUGCCGAAAUCUGUCAUGGUGUCUCGUUGUGGCUUUCCCGUGCGAUUUCUUGCGGGCAAGGCCCGGGAGAUUUCCCCAGCGAUUCCCCGGG